AUGUUGAACACAAAGACUGGUAAAGCACGUAAAGCUCUACCGAAACGCCCAGUACCAGAAGGCGAAUCAUCAGAGUCAAGUGAAGAAAUUAAAUCCCCAAGAUCUUCAUCUUUUGACUCCUUAGUGAUCAGUCGACUGGAAGAAAAAGAAGAACUUCAGCAUUUAAAUGAUCGUUUCGCAAAUUAUAUCGAACAUCUUCAUAAAAACAUCUUCAAUAAAGAGUUCAGUGGUCAUAUUGACCUUUUAACGAAUUCUUUAAAAAAUGAAAUGGAUGACUAUGUAAAAGUUUUUUCAAACGAAGUUGAAUUAUUGCGCCAAAAUUUAAAUAAAACUUCACUUGAAUUAACUAAUGCUAAAAUUCAGUUGAAAAAAUCCACAUCUGAUCUAGAUGAAACAAUUAAACAACUUGAGCGUUCAAAAGCCAAUGAGACUGAAAUGGGUAAUAAAAUUGCGUCAUUAAAUGUUCAACUAUCUCAGUUACAAAAUCAAUUGGACGUAUGUAACAAUUACAAAAUAGAUUAUGAUUCAUUGAUGGAUCAACAUAAAAUGUUAAAAUCUCAGUUGGAAAAUGAAACUCUGUUGCACACUGAUACCAAAAAUAAGCUACUUACAGCUUUAGAACAAUUAGAGUUUAAAAAUCAGCUAUUAGCGAAAGAACGUAAUAUCUGGAAUAGCGAAUCAAUUCAAUCGCAUUUAACGUCUAUAAUCAAAAGUGUCGAAGCAAAUUCUCAUGAUAAACUAUGUCAUUUAUUAUCUGAAAUACGUUCACAAAUGACAAUACAAUAUGAUCAAGCAAAAAAUAAAAUAAAAGAGGGUUUGAAAGCAACUUUAGAUGCAGAAAAAUUACGAUCAAAUUCACUUGAACAAGAUCUUAGAAAUAAAAUAACUGAAUGUCAACGUUUAUCUCAGUUAGUAUCAUCACAGUCAAGUGACUUAUAUAAUUGUCGUCAUGAAUUAGAAGCUACUCGUAAACAGCUUAAAGAUUUUGAACAACAAUUAAAAUUUAAUGAAGAUAAAUUACAUGAAAUAAUUAGUCAACAUCGUUCAGAAGUAGAACGUUUAUUAGAACUAUUAACGGAUAAAUCAACUGAAUGUACUGAAUUAGCUGGAAUAAAAAUUCAAUUAGAUGCUGAACUUGCUAUGUAUAGAAAAUUGUUAGAAGGUGAAGAAUCUCGCCUUCAUCUAUCUCCUACAGAAAAGAUCCUAAAAGGUAGACCAAUUGUUCGAACAAAUAUAACUCCUACCAAACGUACAUAUAGUGACAUGUAUACAUCUUUAUUAAAAUCAAAACAACAAUCAACUGGAAGUUGUCUUCAUGAUGUUGAUUUAGAUCAUACAGAUACUAAUAAUAUUCGCAGAUCCUGGGAGGGUUUACUACGUAUUUACAAUGCUAGUGAAGAUGCUAUUGAUUUAAGUAAUUGGCAUCUGUACGCUGGACCAACUCAUGAAGGUUCAUCGGAUUACGUAAAACUGUAUACAUUUCAUAAAUCUCAAACGUUGCAACCACACACAGAAUUGCAAGUUUUUCUUUGCUUCGCAUCUGAACCUUCACAAGUCUCUUCUGCUAAACGUGUUCGUCCUGAUGUCAGUGCAAUUUUGCAUUUAAUCACUCCAGUAUCUGUUUGGAAUCCUUACAGUAGUUUAAUUGCACUUCAAGAUUCAACUGGUUCAGUUCGCGCCACUUAUGUUGUUGCCGUUGAUGAUGAGGAAGACGGUUCAAGUGAUAAAGUUUCCUCAGUCUGUUCAGAUAAUGAUUUCACCUCAAACAAUGAUCCACAACAACAAACUGUUGAAGAUAACAAUUUAAAUAAAUCAGUGGUGAAGAUAACGCGCUUUUCGGUACGAUUUCGUAGUGAUAUUUGGCCAAAUGAAUCCCAUUUAUUGAAGGAAGGAUCACGUAACUAUACGUGUACAUUAUUAUAA